AUGGCCCUCUGUUCAGAUGAGAUUUGUUUGAAUGAGUUUCAUACGUAUCUUAUGGAUCCCAUACAGAACUAUCUAGGUGCAUUGGAUGGUACAUACAUAAAGAUCAAUGUAAGUGUAGCCGUUCAUCCCCACUAUCAUACCCGGAAAGAUGAGAUAGCCACGAAUGUGCUUGCCGUUUGUUCACCAACUGAUGAGUUCAUAUUUGUGCUACCAGGGUGGGAAGGGUCUGCAACCGAUUCUAGAGUGCUUAAGGAUGCAAUUUAUCGACCACAUGGGUUGAAGAUUUCUACGGGUAUAGACAAUAAUGACAUGUUGCCUACUGCACAACCUGAUAACGAGGGAGAUGGACCAAACUACAAUGUUCGGAACAACGGAUGA